UCAAGUUACGCUCGUUGAAAGUUUCAUUCUACCAAUGUUCAUUUAUUCAGCCAUCUGUAAACAAGCAUAUGAUGACAAAAUCCAAACGGGAUUUGUUUGAGUUUGUUGAGACUUCAAAGAACGACAUCUUAUGAAUAUUUGCAUUGCGAAACCAUUGAAUAGCGUCGCGUCAUGUGAUAUUCCAGGUCAGAAAACCUUCAGUUUCCAAUAUGACUGAUUGGUAUUUAUCACCUGAAAAGACCGGAAAUAUGUGACUAGCCAACAUGACAAUUGUUGAGCCAGGGCCACCUGUAAUUACUUUGCGAACUUAUUUUCACAUAUUUUCAGGGCAUUUAAAGAGAAAUGUUUUGCAAUACUUAGAUUUCGCAGUUGAAUGUUGUCCAAGCGGAUUCGUUGUUUUGGAUGGAAGAGAGUUGAUAUCAGAUUACAAAAUGAAUAUUUGGCAUCGACGAUGGAGACAAAAUACAUAUAGAGUUUUAUACAAACUCCUUAACAGUAGAGCGAUUAUAACAAUAUGUUUCGCAUUUGUCAUGACAAGUUUUUUGUACCUGUACACUCAAGAUCUUCAAGUACGGUAUGAGGUUCGAGGAUAUCGGCCCCAUGUGUUCACAUUCGAUCAACGACACUCCGUAAAUAGGACAGAGAGGCGUAUCUUGCUGUGGACAAGAUUUCAUUUCGAUAUCGACUGGGUGAAACAUGUUAGAAACAUCCUCAACACAUCAUGCAGCUGUAAGUGUACUGUCACUACCGACAGGUCCGCCAUACAGGAUGUAGAUGCGGUGGUGUUCCAUCUUUUAGAUAUGUAUAUCUGGGAGUCCCCUCCCACCUAUCGGGCGCCCCAUCAGGUGUGGGUCGUGUAUUCUGCAGAACCUCCCCCGCAUGUCUAUUACACGGGGAGAAGUUUCAUAUAUCCUCAGUAUAUUUUCAAUUGGACUUUGUCCUUUCGAAAGGACGCAACCGUAUUCGCCCCUUACGGUCACGCCGAGCCGUUACAGGGGAAGGCCUUGGAAACGAAACGGAGGUCGGUCAAUCUCAAUUAUGCGGAAGGUAAAACAAAAAUGACGUAUGCAAUCAUUAGUAAUUGUGUUGAUGACGCCGGAAGGUAUAGUUACAUUAAAAAAUUGAGACAUUUUACCCCAAUAGACUUGUAUGGUCGCUGCGGAAACCUGACUUGUCCAAGAAACAGUUCUUGUUCUCAAAUGCUAAAGCCAUACAAGUUUGCAAUCACUUUUGAAAAUAGCAACUGUAAAGGUUACAUUUCGGAGAAGUUUUGGAACGGUUUAGUACGGGGGAGUAUACCAAUAGUCAACUGGAUUCCGGAACAAGUUCCGGACGACGCCCCGCCAAAAUCUUACAUCAAUGUACACGAUUUCAAAAGUAUGAGUGACUUAGCAAAGUACUUGGAUUACUUGGACAAGAACGACACCGAAUACAACAGUUAUUUUGACUGGCAUAAAACGCACCAUAUCGUCCACGGAUUCACCAUGUGGAAUCAGUUCUGUUAUUUAUGCAAAGCUUUGCACAAUCAAUCAAUACCUGCCCAAGUUGUUGACUACCCGGCCUGGUAUGCAGACGACACUUGUCGGCAAUGGACAAUUCUCAGCAUGAUAACAAGAAGAAUAAAGAACUAUUUUUUGUGAGGACUUUGUCCGAGCAUCAAUCAAUGUGUUCAACCCCAUUCCACGUCAUUUUCAAUGAAUUUGAUAUAAUCAUUAUUUUCAUUUUACUUUCUCUGAAUUGUCCGAAUGACAUUAUUUAUCCCGACUUUUGAGCCUUUGCUAGAGGUGAUCAAUGUAUUAACAAUGCAAUUUAUUUAUUGUGAUAUUUAUUGCUUUUGCAACGAUGCCAUAUUUUGUAUAUACAUAACCUUGUUACUAAUACACAAUUCGAGUUGUUUAAUUUUUUUUUUUUUUUGUUCACAAGACUGAAAUUUUUACAUAAAUGAAUAAUUAAAUAAAAUAAAAAAAUGUGCAUUUCA